CCGAAGACCCGGGACUAGACUUUAGUCCCACUGAAUAGGGGUGAUCAUCGGGUUAACCAAUUCACAAAUUAUUGCUGCCUCAGUGUGCCCAGGCCUACACAACAGGCAAAGAAGGAGCACCGUUUAAGCCCCGCCCUUAUUGAACCUUUGAGACUUUUCUCCCUUGUCACGUUUGGCCCGGCUCGGCCGCCGUGACAAGGUCUUUGCGCAUGUGCGGGGUGAAACGAGAAGAAGGUGAAGAUGGCGGCAGCCAGGGCGGGGGUCCUGGGAGUCCGAUGGCUGCAGAGGGCAUCCCGAAACAUGGUGCCGAUGGGUGCACGGACAGCCUCCCAUAUUACCAAGGACAUGCUCCCGGGACCCUAUCCCAGGACCCCAGAAGAACGGGCUGCCGCAGCCAAGAAGUAUAAUAUGCGGGUGGAAGACUACGAGCCAUACCCAGAUGAUGGCAUGGGGUAUGGUGACUAUCCAAAGCUCCCUGACCGCUCACAGCAGGAGAGGGAUCCGUGGUAUGACUGGGACCACCCAGAGCUGCGAUUGAACUGGGGUGAACCGGAAGAGCAGUAUGUGACAGUGAUCUGCCUUUUUGUCUCAGAUGCACUGGGACCUAGACAUGUAUAUCAGGAACCGUGUGGACACGUCCCCCACUCCUGUUUCUUGGAAUCUCAUGUGGACCAAAGCAGUAUCCUUACAAUAAUCUGUACCUGGAACGAGGUGGCGAUCCCAACAAAGAACCUGAGCCGGUGGUUCACUAUGAGAUCUGAGGAGGCUUCGUGGGCUUUGUGCCCCCUAACUGACUCCCUCAAUCCUAGAGAUUUUACCUUAAUGAAAUCGCUAAUAAAACUUAGUACUGUGGUAUCUGUGCCUCAUUUCCCCAGGAAUAGCCAUUGCUUAAGCACAAGAAAAUGUUGAUUUGCUAAUUUCACUGGGAAAAGUAGUUGAGGGUUCCAGUUGUACAGCAGGUGGUAAGGGUAGCUCCUUUCCCCAUCUACAGGGUUGUGGGAGAAGGAAGAUAUGUUCCUGACUUCACAAGUUGGAACAAGAUUUAUUUCCCAUAAAAAACCUUUUUAAUAAUAAGUGGUUAGCUAAAAAACAAUACUCUAACAUGUUUCAAGUACAUUAUAGGAUAAAUAGGUGUUUUGGGACUGGCCUAGGGCUGUGAUUGCCUCUAAUAUUAUAUCUCUUAUAAGAAUAUGUAUUUGGGACUUCCUUGGUGGCGCAGUGGUUAAGAAUCUGCCUGCCAAUGCACGCACGGGACACGGGUUUGAGCCCUUGUCCGGGAAGAUCCCACAUACCACGG